AUGGGUCCUCGAGAGCCUGGCGAAGCGACGGGCACGCCCGACCCCGUGGAGAAGGGACUCGCCACGAUCAACACCAUCACACUUGGUGUCAAGGCUAUGGUGCAGAAGGAUGGUGAACUCCGUAAAGCGGAAAUUUUGUCGAUUCGAGAACGAAAGGGUGGUUUAUCAUUUUAUGUCCACUAUGUUGAUUUCAACAAACGUCUUGACGAAUGGGUCCCAGCUGCACGGAUAGACCUCACACAAGAGGUGGAGUGGCCGCGGCCUGAGAAAGCAGAAAAGAAAAAGGCAGCCGUCACGAAGGCUCCGAGCAAGAAUGCUCAAAAACAACAUCGUGCCGAUAGCCGCGAGGUAUCGAGUACUCCUGAUGCAUUUGGAAGUAAGAACCAAAAUGUUGCAAAAGCGCCACGGCCCUCAACGGCUGGAGGCAAGGAGAACCGCGAUACACCUGGGGCAGAUGUCUCGAUGGUUGGAUCCGAAGGUGUUUCUGUCGCUGGCACACCUAAAGUCUUGGAUUCGGAAGAUCUUGAAAUGCCCGAUGCUCCUCUCAAGGAAGAGGUCAAGACUGCUUCCGGUGAGGUGAUCACUCGAGAGGAAGAGAUUGAGCGGCUUAGGACCGGUGGAAGUAUGACGCAGAAUCCGACGGAAGUUCAUCGCGUGCGAAACUUGACCAAGCUGCAGAUGGGAAAGUAUGAUAUCGAGCCAUGGUAUUUCUCACCAUACCCAGACUCUUUCUCCGACGUGGACUUGGUCUACAUUGAUGAAUUCUGUCUAAGUUAUUUCGACAAUUAUCGUGCCUUUGAGAGGCAUCGAUCCAAGUGCACGAUGGUUCAUCCACCGGGCAAUGAGAUCUACCGCGACGACAACAUCUCAUUCUUCGAGGUGGAUGGCCGACGUCAACGGACUUGGUGUCGUAACUUGUGUCUUCUGAGCAAGCUGUUCCUUGAUCACAAGACGCUGUACUACGAUGUGGACCCUUUCCUCUUCUACUGCAUGUGCACCCGCGACGAGACCGGUUGUCACUUGUAUCAGCGAGCUGGUUAUGGUCGCUUGCUGAUUGCCAUGAGUUACGAGCUCAGCAAGCGCGAGGGUAAGCUGGGCUCACCCGAAAAGCCACUGAGUGAUUUGGGAUUGCUGAGUUAUCGUCGAUAUUGGCGAGAAACGCUUGUGGAGUUGCUGGCAGAGCCGAACCGGGAAGCCAUGAGUGAGAAUGAACUUGCUCUUCUCACAUCGAUGACUGAGAAGGAUAUCCAUGAGACCUUGUUGGUGAAUAACAUGCUCCGAUAUCAUAAAGGAAAUUGGCUCAUCGUUCUCACGGACCAAGUCCUCGAAGAGCACAACAGACGAAUGGAAAAGGAGAAGGUCAAGGGCUCUCGCAGAAUUGACCCUGUUCGCCUGCAAUGGAAACCUCCCGUCUUCACAGCAUCCAGUCGCACGUGGAACUGGUGA